CGUUUUGCGUCGUGCGACCCUCGGUCUUCUUCUUGGAGCAUGAAGCGGCGCGAGCCCGAAUGACGCGUACCCUUCAAGUGCAGGUUACACAUAACUACAUAUCUGCAUCACAAACCAUGCACAUCAAUAGCUGGCAGUCAAGUCAACCCGCGACUAAACUGGCUUUCACAUCCUCCUUGCAACCGCAAACGAAGUACUUGGCUGUAGAAUGAAGCAUCAGCAUUCAUCCAGCACCCGGCUGACAGUGCCUCGCACCAACAUGCUGGCGCUGGGGCAAGUGCUCGCUCGCCUUCUACCCAUCGGUAGCAGGGCAGGAGCGCCAGCCCACUCCCGGCUUCACCUGGUUGCGUGCGCCAGUACAGCAGCGGGGUCUGGGGCCUCACAGACUGGGCGCAUCGUUGGGGGUAGCACGGUGCCCGGCAGUGGCAGCGGCCACAACAGCCGGCGCUCCCCUACGGCCACCGCGGCUGCCGGCGAGCCCGCGGGCAUUGGCUCUACAGGCUCAGAACUCCCGUUCGCGAAAGACCCGGCGGGCCUCGCAAGUACCACGCGCAGGAAGGCUACGCGCUCGCCUCGGGGCACGGCUGCCGCAGGUGGCAGCGAGCUUGCCUCGACGGGAGCUGCUGCGAAGCCAGAGGGCACUGCCAGCCGGCCCGCAGUGGAGGCGCAGGCGCCUGCCCCCCCCGUGGCCAAGUCCACCAAGACGCAGGGCCCAGCGCAAAGUCAGCAGCAGCAGCAGCAGCAGCAGCAGCAGCAGCAACAAGAGCUGCAGGAGGAGAUGAAGCUGUUGGAGGCAGCGCUGACGAAGCAUCGAGAACUGUACUUCAACCAGACGCCGGAGAUCAGUGACGCCGCGUACGAUGAGCUAAAGCGGCGCUUCCGGGACCUGGCGGCGCGGCUUCGGGGCGUGGCGGCGGAGGAUGUGGCGUUCCCGGUGGGCGCCCCAGUGGCGGCGGCCUCGGCGCUGCGCAAGGUAAAGCACACGGUGCCCAUGACGAGUCUGGCCGCCGUCAACUCCAGGCAGGAGGUGGAGGCGUGGAUGGGCCGCACGCUGGCGCGGCUGGCGCAGCUGCGGCAGGGCGCCGCCGGCAGCUGGGGCUGGGUGGUGGAGCCCAAGGUGGAUGGGCUGGCCGUGCGGGUGGUGUACCGCCGCGUGGCUAAGGGCGACGGUGGUGGCGGUGCGGCGUAUGAGCUGCAGGAGGCGGCCACGCGCGGCGACGGUGAGGUGGGUGAGGACGUGACGCAUAACGCGCUGCACGGCGGUAUCCAGGGCCUGCCGCUGCGCUUCACCAUGCCGCCUGGCGCGGCGACGUCGGCGCCCACGUCUGCUGCGCCGGAAUGGGUGGAGGUGCGCGGCGAGGUGUACGUGCGCAUCGCCGACCUACAGCAGGUGAACAAGGAGGCGGAGGCGGCGGGCGGCUCGGGCUUCGCCAAUGCGCGCAACGCCGCCUCGGGCGGUCUGCGCCUGCUGGACCCGGCCGAGUGCCGCCGCCGCCGCCUCAGCUUCGUGGCGUACGCUGCACUGGCGCCGGCAGAGCAGGCAGCGGCAGCGGCGGCGGCCAACAGCCCGGUGGCGGCGCCGCUGCGGGCACGGCACUGGGACACGCUGAAAUGGCUGGAGGGCGCCGGCUUUGCGGUCAGCAUUGACAAUGUGGCGGUGGCCGGAGAGCGGGCGGCGGUGGACGCUGCGGAGGCGUGGAUGACGCGGCGCGCGUCGCUGGGCUACGACGCCGACGGCGCGGUGCUGAAGCUGGAUGACGCGGUGGCGGCGGCGGCUCUGGGCGUCACGGCGGCGGGCGACCCGCGCUCUGCAGUGGCCUGGAAGUUCCCGGCGGGCGAGGCGGUGACCCGGCUGGAGGGCGUGGAGCUGACUGUGGGCCGGGCGGGGCAGAUCACUCCUGUGGCGCUGCUGGCCGCGGUAGAGCUGGGCGGCGUGACCAUCCGCCGCGCCUCGCUGCACAACGCCGGCCAGGCGCUGGCGCUGGGGCUGCACCUGGGCGACGCGGUGGUGCUGCGGCGCAGCGGCGACGUCAUCCCGCAGGUGAUGCGGGUGCUGCCGGAGCUGCGGCCGCCCGGCGCCCAGCCCUGGGCGCUGCCGGCCUGCUGCCCCGCCUGCGGCGGCCCGGUGCGGCUGCAGCCGGCCGCCAGCAAGGACGCGGGCGAGCAGCUGCUGUGCGUGGCGGCCGAGCAGGGCGCCGGCUGCAGCGCGCAGCAGGAGCGCAUGCUGCUCCACUUCGCCAAGGUGUGCCUCAAGGGCAGCGGCCUGGCGGCGGGCGUGAUGCAGGCUCUGACGGCGGCGGGGCUGCUGGAGGGCGGCCUGCCCGACUUCUACACACGCCUGGACCGGGCCACGCUGUCGGCGCUCCCCGGCUUCGGCGCCGCGCGCGCCGAGGCCAUCGCGGCACGUGUGGCUGCGUCCAAGUCCAUGCGCAGCGCCGAGCUGCUGCACGGCCUCAACAUCAAGAGUGUGGGCGAGACGGCGGCCAAGGCGCUCGGCGUGGCCUACCCGCGCCUGGUGCCGGAGCUGCAGCGCGCCAGCUGGCAGGAGAUCAAGGCGGCAUCAGGUCUGGGCCAGGUCGUGUCGCAAAACGUGGAGACGUGGAUGCGUCAACCCGCCAACCAGCAGCUGCUGCAGCGCCUAAGCCAGGCGGGCGUGGCGUGUGUGGCGUCCGCGCCAGCACCCACGUCCAUGGCCUCGUCCGCAACGGCAACGGCAGCGGCAGCGGCUGCCGCCACAACAGCACCGGAGAAGCCGGCGGCGCGGGGCCGGGCCGGGCCCAGUUCACCGACAAAGGCAGCGGCCGGGGUUGCGGAGGGCGGCGCUGGAAUGGACAGUGGAGGCAGCACAGCGGGGGGUCUCAAGGGCGUGGCAGGCAUGCGAAUCUGCGUCACCGGCACGCUCGAGGGCCCAGACGGAGCCGGGCUCAAACGGUCUGCGCUGCAGGCGAUGCUGGAGGCCUCCGGAGCAGAGUUUCACAAGGACGUCAAGAGUGACACGCAGGUUCUGGUAGUGGGAGCAGACGCGGGCAGCAAGCGCGACCGGGCCGCUAAGAAGGGCGUGCGCGUCAUGGAGGAACGCGAUUUCUGGCAGCAGCACUGCGACAAGUAGCUGGCGGCUGGAGCAUGACGAAUGGGAUUGAACGUAAAUUAUUACUACCGUAUGACGUUUGGUGGGUGCAAUGACGGAAGGAAGGGGCGGCGUUGGAGGUCUGUAGCGCUGUGUACGUAUGGCGUCAUUUACAUCCGUGUGGAAUCACGUGAUGGAAUAAGCGUCCUCGCGCGUCCAGGAACAUGAGGCGAGCCAUAGCGCUGCGGAGCUGGGGUGUCGUCUUGCCGCGGUUGUGGUUGGCUUAGAAUGCCGUCGUAGGGCGUUACCGGGUAUUGCCAGCUUUCUUGCCCUGGGUGUCCCCGCCCUCCACCAUGCGCUUCUGUCGGGUGACCUUCCAGGCCAUGCUAAUGUAGACACGCCCCUCUAUUGUCCAAGGCUCCCAGCAAGGGCUGGUACAGACUGUUUGUAAACAACGAAUGGG